AAGACCGCCAGAACAGGAAUGGUUUUACAGGUGGAGGCCACUGACAUUUUUUUCCAUACUCACUUUCCUGACUGUUUUUCACUAAUUUUACAUUUGGCUAGGGUCAGUGUCACUACUGGUAGCAUGAGGUGAUACCUGGACCCUACAGAGGUUUCACAGGCAGUUCCUGGAGGAUGAAGGAAUUGAUACCAUUGAAUGGCCAACAUGCUCACCAGACCUGAAUCCAAAAUAACACCUCUGGGAUAUUAUGUUUAGGUCCAUCUGACACCACUAGGUUCUACUUCAGACUCUCCAGGAGCUCAGUGAUGUCCUGGUCUAGUUCUGGGAGGAAAUACCCCAGUACACAAUCAUCUCAUUAGGAGCAUGCGCUGAUGUUAGGCAUGCAUACAAAUACAUACAUGGGGGCCAUACAAACUACUGAGUACCAUUUUGAGUUGCUGCAAUGAAAUUUCAGCAAAAUAUACUAGCCUGCUGCAUCAUUUUUUCACUUCGAACUCAGCCCUCUAUAGGUUGAUGAUUUUCAUUUCCAUGAAAUGAUGUGGCAUCCUUUCGUUCCUAACAUUACCCAGUCCAUAUCAGUAUAGAUAUCCAGCAUGAUAUUUUUCCCCAUUGAGAUCUUGAGAUGUGUUUUCAAAAUGUUCCUUUAAUUUUUUUCAGCAGUAUAUAUAUUGCAUAAAUUUUAAAAUCAUAAAAUCUAAGACUGAUAUAGUUUUUAGUAGUUAAGCAGCAUAACUUCCAAUUUAUUUAUCCAAUUUACAAUUACUACUUAACUAAAAAACCUUUAGGUCUUAAAUUUUACUGGGAACCAAUGUUAAUCAAACUGUUUGGUUCUAGUAAGUACUCUGGACUAGCUGGAGCUUGUUUGUUCUCUUACUGAAACCUGCAGAGUGUGAGGAUGUUACAUUUGUCCAACACAGCGGCAAAACAAAGCAUUAACUAGUUUCCGGUAUCAUUUAGUACCAUUAGAUUGUUUUUUAGGUUAGCAAGGAUUAAAAGAUAGCAUGAGCUUCAACUGACAGCCUGUGGCCCUAGUAGAUUUCCAUCUGUGUUGACAGAUUUAGCUAGGCAGAUGUUACCCAACAUCAAGGGUCUAAUGUCUUUUAUACAUUCCUCAGGUAUAUUAAGCUCAUGUUUAUCAUCUUUUACUGCUUUUACUGAUCUUAAAAAAACUGAUUCAUGAUAUUUGAAGCUGCAGUUAAAUCAAGUAACAUAUAGAAAAGACUGAAAAAGAUCAGCGGACAAUAAUCAGUAAUUUGCUACUUUAUUCAACACUGUUUCAAAACCACUUAGCCAAAAUGACACAAGGAAAAUAUAACCCUGUAGUUCAUCAACAUGCUUUCUGGUUUAAUCAUCAUCAUCGUUCUUGUCAUUAUCAUCAUUAUUGCCAGCGUUGCCUUUGUUUCCAUGCAAGUAUUUUAUAAUUGAUUUGCUUUUUUGGGGCUGUGCCUUUUUACCUACACUCCCAGCCAAAAUAUUUGGGAAGGAUGGCAUUCAAGAAAAGUUUUAUUCUCCACCCAUGUCAAGCUCCACCCAUGUUCUAUAUCAUAACACACAAGAAGUACUUACUUCAGAGCUAACUUUGAAUGACACUAUAACGUGUGAGUUCAGGAAAAUGGCUGAGGCCAGUAUUUCAGUAGAUCAGGAUCAGUUCCUCUGUCCAGUGUGUCUGGAUCUCCUGAAGGAUCCGGUGACUAUCCACUGCGGUCACAGUUUCUGUAAGGUGUGUAUUAAUGGCUGCUGGGAUCAGGAGGAUCAGAGUGGAGUUUAUAGCUGUCCUCAGUGCAGAGACACUUUCACUCCAAGGCCGGUGCUACACAGAAACAACAUCCUGGCUGAAGUGGUGGAGAAACUGAAGAAGAAGACUGAAGUCCAAGCUGCUUCUCCUGCUCACUGUUACACUGGACCUGGAGAUGUGGCGUGUGAUUUCUGCACCGGGAGAAAACACAAAGCCAUUAAGUCCUGUCUGGUGUGUCUGGCCUCCUUUUGUAUAACGCAUCUGAAACCACAUUAUGAAGUUCCUGCUUUCUUAAAGCAUGAGUUAGUUGAAACCUCUGGAAAUAUACAAAAGAAGAUCUGCUCUCAGCAUAAUAAACUGGUUGAGAUUUACUGUCGUACUGAUCAACGAUGCAUCUGUGUUUUGUGCUCAAUGCAUGAACACAAAGACCACAAUACAGUUUCAACUGCAACGGAAAGAAACCAGAAACAGAGUGAGUUAAAGGAGGAGCAGAGGAAAUCCCAGCAGAGAAUCCAGGAGAAGCAGAAGAAGGUGCAGGAGCUGAAACAGGCUGCGAACAAUCUUAAGCUCAGUGCACAGACAGCAGUGGAGGACAAUGACAGGAUCUUUAAUGAGCUGAUCAGCUCCAUGGAGAAAAAGCGCUCGGAGGUGACGGAGCUGAUCAGAGCUCAGGAGAAGGCUGAACUGAGUCGAGCUGAACGACUCCUGGAGCAACUGGAGCAGGAGAUUGCUGAUCUUCAGAGGAGAGUCACUGAGCUGGAGCAGCUUUCACACACACAUGAUCACAUCCACUUCCUCCAGACUUUCCAGUUUCUUUGUGCUGCUUCUGGAUGUAAGGACUCACCCAGCAUCAUUGUUAGUCAACAUCCCUCAUUUUAUGGAGUGGGGAAAUCUCUAUCUGAUAUGAAAAAGAGACUCGAGGAAUUCUGUGAAGAGGAUUUUAUCAAAAUCCCUGAACACGCUGCAGGAGUGCAGAUGAUCUUACCUUCACAGACUAGAGAAGAUUUGCUGCAGUAUUUCUGUACACUGACGUUGGAUCCCAACACAGGACACCGUUCCUUUAUUCUAUCUGAGAAGAACACAGUGGUGACACGUAAUAAGAAAUUCCAGAGAAUCUCUAAUCACCCAGAGAGAUUUGACUCUUAUGCUCAGGUGUUGAGUAAGGAGAGUCUGUGUGGACGCUGUUACUGGGAGGUGGAGUGGAAAAGUGAAGACAAAGUGUUUGUUUCAGUGUCAUAUAAAGAAAUUAACAGGAAGGGGUGGGGUAAUGAUUGCAUGUUUGGACACAACAAUCAGUCUUGGAGUCUGAUGUGUUCAUCUUCCACUCUGUCUUUCUGGCACAAUAAUUCGGAGACUGUGCUUGACGUUCCAUCAUCCUCCAGAAUAGGAGUUUAUGUGGAUCACAGUGCAGGAACUCUGUCCUUCUACAGCGUCUCUGACACCAUGAAGCUCCUCCACAGAGUCCACACCACAUUCACUCAGCCUCUAUACGCUGGGUUCUGGAUUUGGGAUUCUGAAUCAAGUGUCAGGUUAUGUGAUGCAAAAUAAUGUACCUGUGGUGCAUUCUGGUGUUUAAAUAUAUUGUCAGAUUUUUCAUUUCUGCAUGAUACACUGAUAACAGCCAUAACAUUAACACCAUCUGCCUAAUAUUGUGUAGAUCUACUAUGUGCCACCAACACAGCUCUGACCCAUUUAGUCCUUGAUACCACAAGACCUCUGAAGGUGUGCUGUUAUAUCUGACACCAAUCCAAGUCAACACCUUGAGCUGUGCUGUGUUUCUUUAACUGUUCCUGAACAAUAUCUGCAGUGUGGCAGGGAGCUGCUGAAAGAGGACACUGUCGUUCGGGAACACAGUUGCUAUGAAGAUUGUACUUGGUCUGACAAUGUCUAAGCUUUUUGGUACAUGUCAACUUCCAUGUGAAUACCAGGAUUUUACACGGCCCAGAUCAUUUGCCAGCUCACCUUCUUCCCAUAGUGCAUCCUGGUGCCAUCCCUUCCCCAGCUACGUGUCUCACACACAACCAGCCUCCACAUGAUGUAUAAGUAAAACAUGAUUUAUCAGACCAGGCCUCCUUCAGCAAUUGCUCAAUGGUCCAGUUCUGAUGUCCACUGUAAGAGCUUUUGCUGGUGUAUAGGAGUCAUCAUGGUCACUUUGAUCACUCUGCAGUUCUGUACACACCAAGCAGUGAUGACCUGACUCCUUUCUAUCAGAGCCAGCUUUCACUUUUUUAGCAAUUUGUUCCAUAGUAGCUCGUCUGUGAGAUCAGAUCAGUGAGCACUGGGCAUCCAUGACCCAGUUCACCAGGUUCUUCCUAAAGCCUAGUUCACACUACAGGAUUUUAAGCCCGAUUUGCAAAUUAACGAGCUCGCCGACAGAUCGGUCUGUGAUCGUGGGAAAAUCAGAGGGUGAUCAGCGCUCGGCAAUCUUUAUGUGUGAUCUACUCAAGGACGCAUCACAGAGGCUCGCUGACGCGUCGCUGACAAAAUCCAGAUAUCUGGCAUGUUAAAUAUCUGGGACGGUCGGCCGACUCCACAUCACGUGGUGUCAGUUGUAGCUACGACCUCCAGCCAAUGAGAGAGCAAGUCAACAGAGUUGAGGUCACCGGAAGAAAAGCAGCAGCAGCAGCAACAUGGCUUCAAAAAUAGUGUGGACACAACAUUUAUUUUAAUAAAUUAACAUUUAUUUAGAGCGAGACUCCUGCCGACGUCCAUUUUCAAAACAAACCUCUACCGAAAGUCUCGCGUCAUUUCCGGAUCCACCUGUCGCGUGUGUUUUCGUGACAAAACGUGGUUUGGGGACGGCGUUGAGUGACGAGAGUUGUUGUCAGAUGGUGUGGUGUGCGAGCCCCUCUUGUGGAUCAUUUACGAAGCGUCGCGUAGUGUGAACACCACAAGGACAAAAAGGUUGAAGUGAAGUCAUGUAGUCUGAACAGCAAAGCGAUCUGCCGACGGUUAAAGUCUUGUAGUGUGACCAAGCCUUAAGACCACAUUUGGUAGAUACUAGCCACUGCAUCCCAGGAACACCCAAAAAGACCUGUUGUUUCAGAAGUGCUUUCACCCAGUUAUCGAGGCAUCACAGUUUGGCCAUUUGGCUUCUGGCACUUGCCCACUUUUACUGCUUCCAACAACUUUAAGAACUACCUGUUCAACUGCCAUGUAAGGUAUCCCAAUCCUGUAAUGAGAUAAUCAAUGUUAUUCACUUUAACUGUUAGUGGUUUUAAUGUUAUGGCUAAUUGAUUAUUAAUGGAUUAUUUUUUAUUUGUAUAUAUAUAUAUUAUAGAAUAAGAGCAGAGGAGCAGUAGAUUGAGUUCUGAGGUAAACCUGUGAAAUGUGGUGAAUAAUGGGGUAGAAUAAAAACAUAAUCUGUAAACAGAAUGGAGAACAGUAUGAGUCUUGAGGGACACCUUAAAAACUGCCUGAGAUUAAAUUUAGCUUGAUAAGUCUUCUAAGCUUUUUUUUCCCUUUUCUUUACAUGAUCACUAUUUUUUUGUUGGUGGGUGUAUGUGUUUACUUGUAAGAGCUGUUUUUUAUCUUAUUAUUAUUAUUAUUAUUAUUAUUAUUAUUACAUCUACAUAGAUUUUCUGUUAGCAGUAACAUGGUACACAUUACAGCAAUUCGCUUUCUGGGAACAGAGAUAUUGAUUAUUUUACAGCAGAUUACCAGGUGGUGAACUGGUAUAUUGUAUAUAUAUAUACCAUAUAUACCAUAUAUACCAUACAAUAAUAUUAUUGUAACUAAAAUUGUAAAUUAAGAUUAUUUUGGUCAUUUUUAUAGCUUACCAAUAAAACAGUUAAAUUCAAUUA